AAAUACAUAUCCAAUGGGCCCUGAAGAAGCCCAAACUUUUACAAAAUUGAAAUCGGCGUAUAUCAAUUUUCAACUGCCGAGCUGCACCUGAGUCCUGCGAGGCUGCGACCAUCACACCGACAAAUAGAGACGGCUGGGAGUCCUGCGACCAACCCACCGCACCGCCGCAUGCCUCUAACGACCUCCGCCGGCAACCGAUAAUUUAACCUAUAUUAAAAUUUUGGCCCACAUUGGAUUAGAAUGCUGGAUCUGCCCCUAUAGCAAUUGUAGAUUAAAGGCUCUGGCCGGAUUCAACGGUGACAACUUUAGAUCCGAUGGAGGCAAGGAAGCCUGGUUUGAUUGCUCUGUUCGAUGUUGAUGGUACCCUUACUGCGCCGAGGAAGAAAGCGACACCAGAGAUGUUGAAGUUCAUGCAAGAACUGAGGAAGGUAGUCACAGUUGGUGUUGUUGGAGGUUCUGAUCUUGCAAAGAUAUCAGAACAGCUUGGAGAAUCUGUAACAAAUGAUUAUGAUUAUGUAUUCUCUGAGAAUGGUCUAGUUGCGCAUAAGGAUGGGAAGCUAAUUGGAACACAGAGCUUGAAGUCUUUUCUGGGGGAAGAAAAACUUAAGGAAUUCAUUAACUUCACCCUCCAUUAUAUUGCUGACUUGGAUAUUCCGAUAAAAAGGGGGACAUUCAUUGAAUUCCGCAGUGGCAUGCUUAAUGUGUCUCCAAUCGGUAGAAAUUGUAGCCAGGAAGAGCGAGAUGAGUUUGAGAAGUAUGAUAAGGUUCACAAGAUACGAGAAAAACUGGUAUCAAUUCUUAGAGAAAAAUUUGCUCACCACAACCUCACCUUUUCCAUUGGGGGCCAAAUUAGCUUUGAUGUUUUCCCUCAAGGAUGGGACAAGACAUAUUGCUUGAAAUACCUUGAUGAAUUUAAUGAAAUUCAUUUCUUCGGAGACAAAACAUAUAAGGGUGGAAAUGACUAUGAGAUCUUUGAAUCUGAGAAAACUGUGGGCCACACAGUUACCAGCCCGGAUGAUACAAAGAAGCAGUGCACAGAGAUUUUCCUAUGAAAAGAAUGAAUGGAAGGCUGAAGUUUCAUAUACUCCGUACUUAACAUAUCUCAAUUUGUCUCUAUUCUGCUUUGUCAGUUUGUUGUCUAUUCUGCUUUGUUGUAACUUGUAUUGUUACUACUUCCUACUGGUAUCAGCAAACCAUUGUUGUUGUUGUACUCUCAAAUUAAAUAAAGGUAGAUUCUACGGUACCCCAAAUGUACCGUACCUUUGUCCAAAUGGACCAAUAAACAUUAUGCAGUAGAAUUAUUUAAAUCUAAAUUAAAAAGCAUAUAAUGAUUUGGACCAAUCAAAU